UCCCCAGGAUUGGGGCUAGGUUAGGGUGCCAUGGAGGACUAUGAGGACGAGUUGCACGGUGUGGAGGAUGAUUUCCACAACCAGUUCGCGGCAGAGCUCGAGGUGCUGGCCGAGCUGGAAGGUACGCCAUUCCUGCGGCCCUCUGGGACCCCACCGCCUGCUGCGGUCAGGCCCUGGCCCACAUUCGAGGAGGCCAUCGCUGGAGGGGAUGCCGCCAUUCGUCCCUGUCCCCCUGGUUCUCCAGGCAGCAGCAAUCGAGGUGCCAGAAAGCGGAGAGUGGAUGUCGCUGCCCCCAGCAAGGAGCCCUUGCCCCACACUCCCAAGGUCAAGCGAUCCAGGCUAGAGGCCGUCAAGAGACUGAACUUUGGGCCAGAGCUGGAGGAGCUGGAGUUUCCUGACUCCCCACCAAGGGCCAUAACCCCCCCACUGAGUCCUGAAGUCCCAACCGAGCUGUGCGGUUCUGGACCUAUGGACACUGAUGCAGAUGCAGGUCUCACACAGGCCUUACAUAACACCCACAAUCCUGUCCUAAGGCGGCCCCCUGUCUUGGAGGAUUACAUCAAUGUGACCUCCACAGGUGGUGACCGGGCCUUUCUGGUGCUUCGUCCUGACUCCACAGGCAAUGGGGUACAGAGCCCCCUCUUGGAUGUCCGGUGGCGAGCCCCUGGCCGACUAGACCUGCUGGGUAUUUCUUUUGCUUCCUUGAAGGAGCAGGUUGACAAUGAGCGACGGCAGCGGCUAAUACAGGAGGCCCAGCAGCUCUCAGAUACUCUGCACAGCCUCAGAUCUGAAGAAGAGGAGGCCCGAACCAUGGAGGAGCCUGUUGAUGGCCAACACACUUCCCAGCACUGCCUGUGGGUGGAUGAAUUUGCACCUCAACGCUACACAGAACUGCUCAGUGAUGAUUUCACCAACCGCUGCUUGCUCAAGUGGCUGAAGCUGUGGGACCAUGUGGUAUUCGGCCGUGAAAGGCCUGCUUGGAAGAAGCCCAGGCCCAGCGUAGAGCCAGCCCGGGCUGGCAAGGAGACUGCAGCUUCUGGAAAGUGGAAAAGCCAAGAGCAGGUGGUUGAAGAGAUGCUGGAGGCUGAGCUAGAUCCAAACCAGCGGCCCCGGCAGAAGGUGGCCCUGUUGUGUGGACCCCCGGGGCUGGGCAAGACCACACUGGCACAUGUGAUUGCACGGCAUGCUGGGUACUGUGUGGUGGAGAUGAAUGCCAGCGAUGACCGUAGCCCUGAGGCUUUCCGCACGCGCAUUGAGGCAGCCACGCAGAUGGAGUCAGUACUGGGUGCCAGUGGGAAGCCCAACUGCCUCAUUAUUGAUGAGAUUGAUGGGGCUUCUACGGCUGCCAUCAAUGUUCUCCUGAGCAUCCUGAAUCGUAAGGGUCCACAGGAGGCAGAGCCAGGUGGCCCAACUAUUUCAUUAGGAGGGGCCAGGCAACGCCGAACAGAGGGGGCCCUCUUGACCAGGCCCAUCAUAUGUAUCUGCAAUGAUCAGUUUGUGCCAUCCCUGCGACAGCUGAAGCAGCAAGCUUUCCUGCUGCACUUCCCCCCUACUCUGCCCUCAAGGCUGGUGCAGCGGCUCCAGGAGAUCUCCCUGCGACAGGGCAUGCAGUCUGACCCGGGUGCACUGUCAGCCCUUUGUGAGAAGACAGACAAUGACAUCCGUGCCUGCAUCAACACCCUGCAGUUCCUGCACGGACGGGGCCAGCGGGAGCUGAGUGUGCGAGAUGUGCAGACUACCCACGUUGGCCUCAAGGACCAGCGCAAAGGACUUUUCUCCGUGUGGCAGGAGAUCUUUCAGCUGCCCCGGACCCAGAGGCAACUUGGAGGCCAGGAUACCAGUCUGCUGGCCCACACAUUGCUGCCUGGUGACAGAGAUGUAGGCUCCCUGACCCUUGCUUCCCAGCGCUUCUACUACAUUCUGCAAGUGACCAUGUCUGCAGGCGAACAUGAGAAAGUGGUCCAGGGCCUUUUUGACAACUUCCUGCGCCUGCGGCUCCGGGACUCCAGCCUGGGAUCUGUGUGCAUGGCCCUUGACUGGUUGGCCUUUGAUGACCUGCUAGAGCAGGCUGCCCACCACAGCCAGAGCUUCCAGCUCCUGCGCUACCUGUCUUUCCUGCCCGCAGCCUUCCACAUCCUCUUCGCCUCUAGCCAUGUGCCUCGGAUUGCCUUCCCCAGCAGCCAGCAAGAGGCCCAGAACCGAAUAAACCAGAUAAGGAACCUGAUCCAGACACUGGUGUCAGGCAUCACACCAGCCACCCGAAGCCAGGCCACACCCCAGGUCCUCAUCCUGGACACUCUCUGCCUACUUCUGGACAUUCUUGCACCUAAGCUGCGCCCUGUGAGCACACAGCUGUACAGUGCCCGUGAGAAGCAGCAGCUGUCCAGCCUUGUGGGCACCAUGCUUUCCUACAGCCUCACCUACCGCCAGGAGCGCACACCUGACGGGCAAUACCUCUACAGGCUGGAGCCAAAUGUGGAGGAGGUCUGCCGCUUCCCUGAGCUGCCUGCCCGAAAGCCCCUUACCUACCAGGCCAAGCAACUCAUUGCCCGGGAGAUUGAGGUGGAAAAGAUGCGUCGGGCAGAGGCUUUGGCCCAGGCUAGAGUUGGCCCCCAGGCAGACCAGGGUCCCCCAGGGCCUGAAGGUCUCACUGGGUGUGGAGAUAAAGAGGUGAGGCAACUUCCUCUGCGCAACCACGAGCAGCGACUGGAACAUAUCAUGAAGAGAGCAGCCUUGGAGGAACAGCCUGAAAGGGACUUCUUUGGACGUGUGGUUGUCAAGAAAGCAACAGCUCCAAGCACAGACACCGAGGUCCCAGAGAAGGAUUCGGUAGAGUGGCGCAUGGGCACUGCAGUGGGCAGGAGUGAGGUCUGGUUCCGCUUCAACGAGGGUGUCUCCAAUGCCGUGCGGCGUAGCCUGUACAUCAGGGACCUACUGUAGCUCAAGACGCACAGGGAAUGCACCAGGACGACACUGUCUGGAGAAG